AUGGCGUCCAGCGUCUUUCUGCCCCAGGGCUCCCUGCUGGGCCCCCCGCCCUGCCUGCAGAGCUCCCACAGCUCCGCCUUCCGCGCCUACGGCGGCGCGCGGGAGGCGGCGGACCUGCGGGACAGCCCCCUGUUCCUGGCCGCCAAGCAGGCCCUGGCCGCCACGCAGGCGGAGGCCGCCGCGGCGGCCCUGCCCUACGCUGCCCCGGCCCUGGGGCCCCGACACCACCGCCAGGUGGCGCAGGCCGGCGCGCCGCGCGUGGCGGGCGUGAAGCUGCCCGUCACCUGCAACGACGUGCGCGGCCUGGUGUUCCUGGACCAGCAGGUGGUCUCCUGCUUCUGCCCGGCCUGCGACGCGCGCGUGGCGGGCGGGCACGACCGCCCGCUCUUCUCCUUCACCCGCUUUGAGCGCCACUCUGGGUCCAAGGCCAAGAAGUGGCGGCUGUCCCUGCGCAUCGACCCGGGGGCGGUGCCGGAGUGCCCCCCAGGCGACGCGCCCAUGCCCAUCGGCCAGUGGCUGGACGCGCGGGGGGUGAUGGCCUGGAGCGCGCGUGCCCCCACCCGCGUCGGCCCCGGCGACUCCGAGUCCGACUCGGGCACGCACGGCGGCGGCGUCGCCGCCGACCGCACGCCGCCUGGCGCGCCGCGCGCCGCCUGGCUCCUAGGCCAGUGCGCCGCCUUCCGGCGCGCGGCGGCGGGGGAAUGGCAGCAGCGCCACGCCGCCAUUUUCCACCUCGUCUUCGGCGUGCUGUCCCAGGACGGCGAACGAAGCGCCUUCAACCAGCACUACAUGCCCUGGCUGAAUGAUCUGGGACUAGAGAGGCUGGACCACGAGUUCCACACGCUGGCCAACUACCUGGCGCUGGCGCGGGCGGGGGCCGAGGUGGGGGAGGUGCAUGGCAUGAUCCGGGCCUACGUCCAGGCCGUCGUCUCCAAGGUGGCCGCCACCUCGCUGGGGAAGGCGCUUGGUCCCUUUCGCGCCUGGGCCUGUCGCCCGUAUGUCAGAGGCAAGGCAGUUCCUGAUUCAUCCCCUUCCACACCCACACCAACCGUGCACGUGGCAGAGGAGACGCAGGGCGUUCCUGGCGUGAAGCCCCUGUCGACGAUGGGCGUCACCAUCUCCCGUGCGGAGGCCGCUCCCACCGCCCCAAACCCCUUCUUCCCAGCCACUGCCGCCGCUGCCAUCGCCGCGGUCGAUAAGCCCAAGACCGACUACAUGAACCUGCCUCAGCCUGUGCGCUACGAUGAGCUACAGCGGGAGAUCAUGAUGUCGCUGAAGCCCGACCUGUUUGAGGGCAUGCGCCUGGAGCUCUCCAAGCCCCUGAACCACAACUUUGGCCUGUCCCACAGCGUGUACAUGGGCAACCUGGAGGUGCCCACCGCCAACAACCAGCCCGUGAAGAUGCCCAUCGGCACCUACGAGUUUGGCGCCAACCUGGUGACCAACAGCGGCAACCUCAUGCUCGGGCGGGUGACCACUGACGGGCGGCUGACGGGGCGGGCGGUGUACAACCUGGCGCCCUGGGCCGCGCUCAAGUCCCAGUUUCAGCUGGCCGGCGAGCCGGGGAUGAGCCAGGGCAUGUUUGACGUGGACGUGCGGGGCGCCGACUGGAACGGCACGCUCAAGUAUGGCACCAGCAACUUCUACGGCGCCAACUACUUCCAGUCCGUGGCGCAGAACCUGUCGCUGGGGGGGGAGAUCUUCUACCUGGCGGAGCAGCGGCGAUCUGGCAUCGGUUUGGCGGCGCGGCACGCCACCGACACCUCGAUCGCCACGGUCCAGGUGGCGAACACUGGCCUGCUGUCGCUCAGCUACCUCCAGCGUGUGAACGAGAAGGUGACCCUGUCCACUGACUUUGUGUUCAACAAGAACUCGCGCGAGGCGACGGCCUCGUUCGGGUACGACUACAUCCUGAGGCAGGCACGACUCCGCGGCCGCAUCGACACCGACGGCAAGAUUGGCGCGUACGUGGAGGAGAGGCUGUCGGUGGGCAUCAAUUUUGUGCUGUCUGCCGAACUGGACCACGUGAAGAAGGACUACAAGUUUGGCUUUGGCCUGAACGUCGGCGAGUGA